AUGAAUUCCAUCAAAGACGACGAAUUUUUGCAGACUUUCAUGCAAAUCAAACAUAAUGAUAUUCUUUUGCCCGGAGAAUUGCAUCGUCCCACAGAUAAAAAUACAGGGAUAUGCGUGUUUGUUCACGGAUCUGGAUCAAGCAGAUUUAGUCCAAGAUACAUUGCGAAGGUUCUUCGAUCUCGAGGAAUAGGCACAUUUUUGUUAGACCUUCUCACUCCCGAAGAAGAGCAGAUUGAUGAGGUGACAAGACAUUUGCGUUUCAACAUCGAGAUGUUGGCUGAAAGGGUUGUUUCGGUAAUUGAUCACUUUGGAAAGGGCGAGGACUUGAAGGGGUUGCCCAUUGGAUUGUUUGGGGCUUCGACCGGGGGUGGAGCUGCAUUACUUGCUGCUCUCAAACGUCCAGAUCGAGUCCGAUUGGUUAUUUCUGGGAAA